AUUUAUUUCUGAUUAUCUUUUUGUUAUUUUUAUUAAAAAUAGUGGGCCACACAAAUCCAAUUGCGUGGCCUAGCCCAAGUUGGAUAACCCCAUUAACCAACCUAAAGAAUAUAGUGAUCGACUACUGCCACGUGGAACAUUUUCCUCCUUUGGGGAAAUUGCCUUCUCUAGAAUCACUCACGGUGGCUGAUGUGUCGAAAGUAAAAAAGGUGGGAGUUGAAUUUUUGGGGAUAGAAACGUCUUUGUCUCCAUCUUUAUCAUCCGUUUUUGCCUUCCCCAAUUUGAAGUCACUGACAUUUGAGUGGAUGGAAGAGUGGGAAGAGUGGGAUUAUGAAAGCAGAGGAGAAGAGGAUAUCACAAUCAUGCCACGUCUUUCUUCCUUGACAAUUCGUUAUUGUCGGAAGUUAAAGAUGUUGCCGGAUUAUAUUCUCCAGAGUACUACCCUACAGGAAUUGAGUAUUAUUGGAUGUCCAAUUAUUUCAAAAUGCUGCAAAGAAGACUACCAGUCCUUUAUCGACCGUAUUCCUCACUCCGACGUGAGACCCGAAGUGGAUAGUUUCAGAAGUUGUGUACAUGGUGGAAGGAUGAUGGACCGGCCUGGCUCAUGGCGCCCACACUAGCUUCUAUGUGUCUACUUUUUGGCAAAGCAGUUAGCUUCUGAGUUUUUAUUUUCUUAAUUGAAGGGUUAUUUUUGGGCCGUUUGUGUGCUUUAAAAAAAAAAAAAAAAACUUUCAAGCUUUCUUAGGAUUUUCUUAUAACCCAUUUUCCUAUUAAAAAAAAAAAAAAGCCAACUAGGCUUUGACAUGGGAAUGGCUUGGCUUGUGUUACCCGCGCCACAUGCCAACCCGGGCACUGGGCAUUAACAUGUGGGCUUUCGUUUUCUUUGUGUGUUUUUGCUAUUUUCAUGGGUCAUUUAGGAUCAAAAAUGAAAAAAAAAAAAUUUUGUUAUCUUCCGUCUUUUUGUAAUCUUUUUUUUUUUUAAUGGCCUUGUAAUGUUUGU